CCCCACGCCCCUGUUUUGCUUUUUCCCCCUCCCUUUCUUUUUUAGCAAAUAAGCAACCUAACUCGUUCAUGUCAUCAGCAUAAUCACUUAGGAGAGGUCCCUGAGGCCGGGAGAUCUGGGUCCUAUCCUCUGAGGGGAGACGGAGGUUUGUGUAACUCUACUCAAACCUGAGGGGGAGUUCGGAGUGUUUGGUCAACGACAGUGGUUCCUGGAAAAGAUCUGAAUCGCUUCAUAACCAAACCCAGCUGCGGUUCUGCUGCGGGCUGCAGCGUCUCUGUGCGUGCAUGCGUGCGUGCGGGUGCUUUUUCAUCUGAAUGAGGUAGACGGAGAGGAAGGGGUUUCUGGAGGAGAGAUAGAGAGGGAGGGAAAAGAGGAGAGGGGAAAAAAAAGUUUGGUCUUCUUUUUCCCUUGACUCUUUUUUUAGGCAUGAACGCCGAGACCUGUGUCCCAUACAGCGACAUGACAUCCAUGGAUUCAUAUUAUAGCCCCUCUGCUGCUCAAGGUAGGGAUCACCAGGCGGACCACUUUAGGACAUUUCCAGCUAGUGACAUCAAAUACAGCUCCACCGCCUUCCUGUCCAGCAAAGGUCAGGCUUACGGAGAGAAGUCCCGGAGCCCCUUCCAGCAGGAGUGCCAGUCAUUGGAUGCCGCCGCAGCUGGGCAAGGCUCUUUCAGCAAAUACCACCUCUUCAUGCAGAGGUCCUCCUGCAAAACACCGCCCGCGGAAGACAAGCUACUCCCGGAGAGGGGACACAACGGAGCGCUCGUCCCGUGCUAUGGUAAGGAUAGUUCAGGCCUGACAGACUCUGAUUUGGCCCCAGACUCUGAUCCACCUGGAAUGGACUCCAGAUACUUGGCUGUGAAGGACCAAGGCGUCAAGGCAGCCUCCGAAAGGUCGCCGAGCAACGACUUGGCGAGUCCGCUGGAAAAAGUCGAUGGUGGCGAAAGCAACAAGGGCAAGAAGAGACGCAACCGCACCACCUUCACCAGCUACCAGCUGGAGGAACUGGAGAAGGUUUUUCAAAAGACGCACUAUCCUGACGUUUACGCCCGGGAGCAGCUCGCUUUGAGGACUGACCUGACUGAAGCCCGAGUGCAGGUGUGGUUCCAGAACCGGAGAGCAAAGUGGAGGAAGAGGGAACGAUUUGGUCAGAUGCAGCAGGUCCGAACACAUUUCUCAACUGCUUACGAGCUGCCGCUCCUAACGCGCCCUGAGAACUACGCACAGAUCCAGAACCCCUCCUGGAUCGGCGGCAGCAGUGCAGCAUCUCCUGUCCCUGGCUGCGUUGUUCCCUGCGACACCGUGACCACCUGCAUGACCCCACACCCCCACUCUGCCAGUGGGGUCUCUGACUUCCUGGGCGUAUCGAGCCCCGGUGGACACGUUGGACAGCCUCACAUGGGCAGCCUGUUUGGCGGCUCUCCUGGCAUGGCUGCAGGCAUCAACGCAUACGAUCUCAACAUGGAUCCCGACCGCAAAUCCUCCAGUAUUGCUGCUUUGCGUAUGAAAGCCAAAGAGCACAGUGCUGCCAUUUCUUGGGCAACAUGAUGCGCCGAUGCACGCUGGAUGGGGGAUCUUACGCAAACUAGGGGCACUUAAUUCAAAACUCUGCAGGAAGAAGUGACUGCCUUUAUAAAUGCUGCAACAAAAAUGAUUAUGAGCAUCGGAGAUGACUGGCAGAGAUUUGCCAGGUUUCAGUGCCUCUGCUGGAGGAAAGUCGGUGUGAAAGCCUGAUAGAAAAAAAUCCUGUGUAGUCCUAAAGACAGACAAAGAGGAGGAUUUCAAACACUCUCAUGCACUUAUCUGCCCACGUUUAUUGUCUGUGCAUUACUAUAAGUGUAUGCCGUUUGGUGUUUGGUGCUGUUUUCAUUUUUACUUUAUUUAAUUUUUUGUAGGAUUUUUUUUCUGAAUUCUUUGUACUUUUACAGAUAUUUCAACCAAAAAAGCAAAAAACAGAAAGUCAUUGUUAAAUUUUUGAAGCCACAAUGAUUUCUUUUUUUUUUUUUCAUCAACAAUAUUUUUAGCAUUAGCAAAUUUUUAAUAUCUGAAAUACUGGGGCUGUAAAGACAAACAAGUGUUUCAGAAAAUCGUCCUGCACAUCCAUCAUGUCUGGCUCCUCACUUUCAACACAGCUUUUCGCAAAUACUGCAAGUUUAGGAAAGUCUAAACCCAUAAGUGAUUCGGUUUCCUCACAUUUAACUGUCAAGUGGGUGAAAUAUGAUUAGGCUGAGUAUGAUCGAGAUAGGAGAUCCACCUGCUGCACUGAGUAGGCCUGUUGAUGCCCACAGAGAAGAGGCAAUGGACGAGGAAGUGAGAGGGGAGGUGCACAGCAGGCCUGCUGCUCUCUGGACCUCAGAGCCUUGAAACAGACACGCCUCUCUUUGAAAAAAGGACAUUUUCUCUAAUAAGUGGACUCAACUGAGCCCCUUGCCUUGCUUCAGAGAAGGAAGCGCCCUCUACUCAGUCAGACUGUCAGGAAUAACACAGAAACAAGGAAUCCCCGUGUUUGAAAGAGAGAAGACCGGCACAGAUUACAAAUGUGCGUUGACACUUUGAAGCUUUUCAAGGACUUGUCAUUGUUUAACUUUUAAGGAUUUUCAACAAGAAUGUGUCUAGCUGUCAAAGCAGUUAAGUUAUUAAGAAACCACAGUCAAAGCUGAACAGGUGGUAUUUUUUUUUUUCUAGUUGCUCUAUUCAAAGUACUUAAAGCAUCAAAGUCACUGUUAAUUGAAAAACGUCUUUAUAGGGGGAUGGCCAUGUGACAAUAACACAGUCAUUAAUUAUAAUCUACAUUUCAGGUGAAGCAUGAAAGAAGCCUGACAAAAAGUCUAAAUCUUUGAAGUUCGUAUAAUAAAAACAUUCUGGCAGAGUUUUAGUAUGGAUGUUAUUGUUAGGUUCAAUGUCUUUCAAGAAAGAAGGAAAGAUAAAAGAGCUCAUCACAGUCCAAAAAACAAUUGGCCCAAUAAACAGUCCUGUUUCGAAAUGUUGCCACUGAAGAGAAGCACAGAACCAAAAACAUCUUUGCAAACAGAUUCAAAUAAAAGGAGAUCAUUGUAGAACAGCAUCUAAAGAUACUAAACAUGGAGCAGGUUUUAAUAAAGUUUUCCAUUAAGUCAUGUUUUUGUACUGUCAAAUCUAUGCUCCUGACAACGGGUUAUCCGUUUAAAGUACCGGCCCACAGCAUAAUACCACCUUUGCCACAUUUUUGGUAGACUCCUCAUUGUAAAACAUUGCCCUUUCUAGACUUGCUGAUAAUCUUUAGUGAAGCCUAAUUAUACCGGUGCCUACUUAAAAUAUGGUUAAGAAAAUCUUGGCCAGUUGUCUCAUGGCCUGUUAUUGACUAAAUGUCUGAUGUUUUCAUCACUAUAACAAAGAAACAGAAAUCAGUCAAUUUCCACAUAGAGAAAUUAAUCAAAUUUUGUGCUCUACCAAAUUUUAAAAUUUGGCAUAACACAUUUUUUGUCAAAGAAAGAAUUGUUAUUUUUAUGUUAAAAGAAAUUUAAAACAGUCAAAAGGAUAGUAAGGUUAUCAAUAAUAGAGCCUAGGACAACUCAGUUUUUUUGUCAUUGUUGAAAAGAACUUUAGUUAAAUUCACCAGUUAUUAUAGGUUUUUUGGUUUGUUUUGUUUUUUGUUGUUUUUUACAAGGGUGUGCACCUUCAGUGAGUACUCAGACUGCUUAUCAAUAAUUUAAAACUGGUUGUACAGUAAAACAACAGGUAUUACUUGCUAGAUACAGGAAGGAGAAUAGGCAGAUAAAAGUCAGGUGGACUUAGCCAAAUGUUUCACUUCUAACUGGGGAUAUCAUAUACUUUAACAAUAAGGACUAGUUUCCCCCCUGGCAACAGCUUCCUCUAGUGACAGAAAUAGCAAAUGAAGUUUUCCAUAGUUCUAUAGCAUAGGGGUGGACAUAUUUCCUGUGACCAGAAAGCUAAAUGUAGGCUUAAAGCAUAACAAAGAUGUUCAUUUUCUCAAAGAGUCAAUCUGAAAUAUUGCACCAGGUCGAAAGGCAGAGGAUUUCCCUAAACUGAACCACAUCAACUUUCCCUUUUGUUUGGUUGGAGCAGCAACUUACAGGCCAAAAUCUGUCAGCAGAGAUCACUCUAAAAUUAUCUGCAUUAUAGUAAACUCUGUGGCGAAAAUGGUAGGAUAUGUGUUUGCGUGGAAGACAAAGUGUAUUCUUUAUGAGGUUGCCCCCCCACCCUCCUUUUAGCUGAGGGGUUGAACGAAGGGCGAGCUGUGAGGGCGUCUGUGUGUUCCGGUGUUCUGGGAAAAGGACAGUGCACACAGCUGCGGUCGAGGGGUAAAUGCAAAACAAACAUGCCUCACACAUGCUUCCAGCUUCAGCUGUCACAGCUCUGCUUUCAAACGAUUCACCCCUAUCACACAUGAUGCACCGCGCCUCUUCCUGGGCUCGCUUCCAUCACGUCCAACAGCCCCAGUGCUGCAGCCAAUAAUCAGCUGCAGGGUCCGAGGGCCGCACAGAUCAGUAAGGCUCUUUAAUUAACACAGAGCCCUGUGGAGGCUGAAGACCACCAUAUUGUGUGUCAGGAUGGACGGGAGCAUCUGGUUUAAUGAAGACUGUCCAUCUGCACAGAGCACGCAAACGCUGUAGCACUGAGUUGCUCAGGUUUACAGAACACAUACUCGGUGUUCUAGCUUUUUUAAGAGUUUAGGUUUUGCUUGACUUUUUUUUGGUUGUAUCUUUUAUAGGUCUGUUGAUGCGAGGAAGCGUCUUCCUGUCCGCUGCGUUGAUUCUGCCAUGAAUGAUUCCAUUACCCAGUUUUCUCAGUUUCUGAUACUACUGAAGUCAAGUAAUCAGCAUAGGAGCAACUAUAUGAUGAAUAUAUGUGUUGAUGCAUUGUUGUACAUGGAGAAGAUUGAUGUGUCGUAGCUCUUGGAAUUGUAAUUAAAUUGAUGUUUAGUCAAUAUUUUUGAAUCAGUUUAUCAAGUAUUUAAACAUGCUUUUCAGUACUCUUUGAAUAUACACUUUUUUAUUGAAAACCUGGAGGUGUAUACAUGUAUUUUCAAAGAUGAAUGAACAGAAUUUGUCUGCUUAUGUUCUUUAAAAGUUUUUUUCAUGUUUGUGGCUUUAAGCUACACUUUGAAUUAAGAAAUCUGCUCUCGCAUGUGUUGUUUGAGUGAUUAAAGUACUAUAAGUUAUUGCA